AUGAAGUACAUUCACUCCCAGGAGCUCCUUGAGAUCCCCGAGGGGGUCAAGGUUGCCAUUAAGUCGCGAAUUGUCACCGUCGAGGGUCCCCGCGGCAAGCUGGUCAAGGAUCUCAGCCACUUGGCCGUCAACUUCACCAGCACCAAGAAGAACCAAAUCUCCAUCGAGAUCCACCACGGUGUCCGCAAGAACGUCGCUACCCUCCGAACUGUCCGAACCCUCAUCAACAACCUGAUCGUUGGUGUCACCAAGGGCUUCAAGUACAAGAUGCGAUACGUCUACGCCCAUUUCCCCAUCAACGUCAACGUCUCCCAGAACUCCGAGACCGACUUGUACGAGGUUGAGAUCCGAAACUUCAUCGGUGAGAAGCUCGUCCGCCGAAUCGUCAUGCACCCCGGUGUCGAUGUUGAGGCUUCCACCACCCAGAAGGAUGAGCUCGUCCUCUCUGGUAACUCCCUCGAGAACGUUUCGCAAAGUGCUGCCGAUAUCCAGCAGAUCUGCCGGGUGCGAAACAAGGAUAUCCGAAAGUUCUUGGACGGUCUGUACGUCUCCGAGAAGGGCAACGUUGUCCAGGACGAAUAA